AUGCAUUUCACAGCUAAUUUCAGUGGUGCUUCCAGGUUCAUCGGAAUCUCUGGUCCUUAUCUGACCUGGCUUGAUGCUCAGGCUUACUGCCGAACACAUCACACAGACUUGGCCAGCUCUCUUAACAGCUCAGAUAACAACUACCUAUGGAAGCUGAGGGACAUCCAAGGUGAUUCCUGGAUUGGGCUCUACAGAGACACCUGGAAGUGGUUAGAUGGAACCAUCGCUUCAAACCUACCAUGGGCUUCUGGACAACCAGAUAAUUAUUUUGGCAAUGAGAACUGUGCAAUGCAAAUUAGCAAAGUCUUUCAUGAUUAUUACUGCAGCUACCAGCCCUAUUUCUACGGUCACACCAAUGAAGCAGAAACUGGAAGAACAUGGCAUGUUGGAGAACACCACUGUGACCUGGAGGGUGCAGCCAGAUGGAAACAUCUUCCGCAAGAAAAACAAAGAUGA